GGUUGAACGUUCAGAUCGGCGGCGGAUGUUCUCUCCCUGACUUUUCUUCCCACAUCAGGAGCAGUGUGUGUUGUCUGGACGGAUCUCUGUGCUGCUGCUGCUCGCUGACGUUGUGGUGCAUUCGAGUUCGAUUAGCAACGGCACGACGACGGACGUCCGUCCUUGUUCGAUUGGAUAGUUGCAGUGCGUGAGUGCAUUUGUUGCGGGACGGAGCCGGUGCCUGUGUGGAUGCAAAUCGGUGCAUCGUCAUUCGAUCGAAACACGUGUGCAUUGUGCCGUAGUUCCUCGAAUGUUCUUUUUUUUCGUGACGAGUACUGGUGUCAACUGAUUGCAUUGUUGUGCACUGUGCAACUGCUGCAUGUUGAGCCUGGGUGCCAUUGAUUGAUGACGAUCGCCGUCCCACGUGGCACUGUUUGAUGGGGGUUCAGUGAGCUUGUCCAGUUGCAGUUGGCGUCGUUACCCAAGAAGAAGGAUAACACAUACUUGAUGGGUGUGAUUGAAGUUUGUCGUUCGACGAAGUGAGUUGUUGAUUUUUGCGCGGGCGAUAUCCUACUUGAAUCUGAUUGCUGGUUGGACUUUAUGGAAUGAUGGGAGAAUUUCCAGAAGAGAAGCAUUGGGCAGUUCUGUUUCCGUUGAGGUAGUCGAAAGCAAGGCGAAAUCGUCCGAGUAAAUUCCUAGGAAUCCGCUUCCGGAAAAAGUUAGUUAAUCGUUGAAAGGAAAGCGAAGCCCGCAUUCAGAAGGCCGUUCACGGAAGGAAGAAAGUGAUCUAGAAGAGAUUUUAUUUUCUUUCGUUCCUUCAUCUCUCUCGGCAGCAAGGUUCUUCGAGGAAAGCUCUUGUGUCUUCGCCACCCUCUUACGACAAGUGUGGUCGGGAACAAAGAAAAGUGUAACAUCGACGGCUUUGACGCGGUAGUUUGAAGGGCCCCUGAUUUAGGAUAGCCACUUCUGGUGGGAGUGAGUUUCGGAAGUGCUACCGAGGUGGAUGAGAAGAGGGUUUACGGCGCCAAGAUUGCCGGUAGAUUUGUGUAACCUGUCACUCGCAAACAUACACACAUCAAUGCCCGGAUUUUAAACUACGCCAGACCUAAAUCGGCAAAAACGACGGUAAAAAUUUUGAUUGAUUAGGGUACGGUUAGUGUUUCCAUUGUGAGUGAUUGUGUGGAGGAUUUCAACACGACAACGUCGUCGAAAUGUUGGAUAUAGUUAGCCGCCGUGGAUCCUGUGGUAGUCAACGAUGGGUGGCGUUGCUGAUGUUGGUGCUGUUUGUUCAAGGCACAGCACCAUCGCCAUCGCACUAUCAGGAUAGCAAUUACUUGGAGGAAGACAAAUACACGCCCGGAUUCGUGACGUUGGGACAGAAAUACAGCAUAGCCGUCGGCUCGACGGUGGUACUGCCGUGCAAAAUUAAUGAGACAGAAAACUCCGGCCAGUAUGUGCUCGCGUGGAAAAGGGGAACUGCUGUCCUGACGGCGGCAUCUGUCAAAGUCACCGUCAACCCCCGGAUACGGCUGAUGCCGGUGCAAGGUCAGCCGGACCAGCAGGGCGGCCUCUCGUCCGGCUACAACCUGGAGAUCCGGGACGUUAAAACGACCGACAACGGAAGCUACAUCUGCCAGAUCGGCUCGAUGGAACCGAAGGAGAUUGUCCACCAGCUGGAGGUGUUGGUGCCGCCCACGAUUAUUGCCGUGUCGCCGGAGAGCCGGAAACUGGACAUUCACAAGGGCAACCCAGUACAGUUGGCGUGCAACGCCACCGGCAACCCGAUGCCGAAAAUCAUCUGGUCCAGACGGAACAACCUCCUGCCGACCGGUGAACCGAACAAAACGGGCAGCGCAUUCCUGGUACCGCAUGCCAACCGUCACAGCAGUGGACAUUACAAAUGCACCGCCGAUAAUCGGGUCGGCCAACCGGACAGCAGGGAAAUCGUGGUCAACGUGCUCUACCCGCCGGAAAUCGAAGUGGAGCAGCAAACCGUUCACAGCGGUGUCGGACACGAGGCCCAAUUAGUGUGCAUCGUCCACGCCGAGCCGGCUCCCAAUGUGAUUUGGUACAAGGAGACGACCCAGCUGGGCACCACCGAGCAACACUCGCAGCAGGUCCGAGGCAACAAGCACAGUCUCAUAAUCCGGAAUGUGACUCGCACCGAUCUCGGAAACUACACCUGCCAAGCAUCCAACAGCCUGGGCAAGGACCGUGGCAGCCUGAACCUGAGCGGUCUACCGACGGUUUGCUACUUUGAUUCGCCAACGCUGAGCGGUUACCGAGACCAAUACAACAUCUCCUGGACGGUACAGAGCUACUCGCCGAUUGAAGAGUACCGUCUGUUCUACCGGUUGCAGUCCGCGUCCAAGAAUCACCUCCUGCACACGGGCAUCCACGACAAACCGCUGGACAACCACAUCUACUCGCAUUCUGGCUAUGGGAUGCACAGUUCCAGCGGGUACAACAACCACCACGGAAGCGAACAGUGGGAGAACGUCAUCAUUCCGGAGAUGCUGGCCAACUACCACGGGCUGCACGGCGGCGGACUGUACUACAACAGCCCGUACAACUAUCAGCCCGGUAUCCGGCACCGGACGAGCUUCCAGCUGAAGAACCUCCAACCGGGCAGUAACUACGAGGCGCGUGUCCAGGCACGGAACGAACACGGCUGGAACCGGCUUUCGAGCAUAUUCCACUUCUCCACCCGGUCGGAAGACAUGGAGCUGGAACCGUCUGCCCAGCCAGCCGUCCACGGUGCCGGUCUGCUCGACAAGGGUCUGCUGGGUCUCGGCAGCAACGACGCGACAGCGCCUUAUUUUCAUAAAUCAUCGACUUGCGGCGCACUGCUGCUAGUUUUGCUCGUUCUGGCCUUCCGGAUGGUGGCGUCGCAGCAACUGCUACCCCCAUUAACUGGCGGCUUAUCGGCAUGAUUUGCAUUGUUUCCGUUUUCCAUUCCAAUGAAUCACUAGGCGAUCUACGCACCUAAUUAAGGCUAAGGAUAGCAGCAAACUCGUUUUUUCCCGAAAUAAGAAAUGACCAGCACCACCACCAUUCACCUAAUCCAGCCACACUGCUUCGCCGUCAUCGAUAUCGCCGGAUCGCCGUUGCCAUAUAGUCUAAGACGUACACCAACGUUUAUGCCGGAAUUAUCGAGCCAAAGAUAAGCGAUACGAUGUUUUGAUUGGGGAAAACCGCCAACGAUUGCACAUUAAGUCAUUUUAUCUACCCUUUAGUCUACUUUUCCACUCGUGGACCAUUCAUACCACUCACACCUUUAUCAGAAUCUCUGGCUCACACCGAUAAAGCGAUUUGAUAUUUAUCUCCAACGAUUUUGAGGUUAGAUUUUCCCGAUCAAGCAGCCAUAUAUUUUGUACCAAAGAAGUAGGUAAAAUUGUGAGAGAAAGAAAGAAGAAACAUGAGACUUUAAUGAUGAGAAGAAAUUAGAAAGACGAUUAGCUCUGAAAAAACAAAAAAACAUAUUUAUUACGUAGGAAAAUAGAGGAAAACAUUUAUUUUGAACACUUUGAAAGAAAAAAAAACACUUGUGUAGUGUGUGUGAACAAAUACACAUAUUGACGUGUAAAGGGAAAAGAUGGAAAAUUCUUUAUACGAUUGGUCCAGUGUUAAAGCUUCAUCUUAAUUUUUGAAACGCGAUGUCAAUAGGAGAUCACAACUAUUCCAAGAUUACAUAGAUUUAAGUUCAAAUAGUUUAAGCCUGCACAACUUAUUAUUCCUCAUAUAUAAAGUUCCAAGCAAGGAUUAUCAUUCCGAAUAGAGAGCGAACAAAUCUAUGUUUUUGAAAGCGAUUCAUUGAAUGAUAAUAAUUAAGAAGUAUAGAAAUCCACUCAUAAACAUAAGCUAAGUAUAAAAUAUAUCUGAGUAAGAUAAAUGAAUGGAAAUCAUGAAAAAUGAGCGAAACUUAAACAAUAGGCCUUUCUAAUCACCAAAGUAAACAUCAAACCAUGUUAUGAAAAACAGGCAUAACGCACCAAACAUCAAAAAAUAGAUCGCUUGUUAAAAAAAAUCUGUAUGUAUAAAGAGCCAGUUUUAAACUCAAAGACAAAAUCAACUAUUUUACCGCCGAUUAGACACGAAUUGAUAUUUUCUGUACAUAGCGAAUGUCACCUGAACAUAUGAAAACGUUGAGGUAUCACCAGUAACGAACAAAAUAUCAUCAAACCGUCAAAACAAAAACAAUUUGUUGAGUGCAAUGCCAAAACUUCACUAUAAAGAUGUAAUUAAAUUAAUCCACACAGUGAAUAAACGCAUCGCUUGACAAAUGUCGAACAAGAAAAAAACAAACGUAAAUAUUACAGAUUUCAUUGGUUUGUUUUGUGGGACCAUAUUAAAAGAAAACAUAAUAAACUGAUGUGAAACAACCGAACAAGCAUCCCGAAAAAAAACCAAAAAAAAAUGGUCUUGAACAACCAUUUCCAGUACUGACACGCACCUACUCGGCUCUCGCACACUUUUUCGAAUCCCUAUGCAAUGUUUGCAGUUGGUUAAAACACACUUGCAAUACAAAUUGACAAUUGAUGAAUAAUUACUGCUUGUGUUCUUCGUCAAUGAAUGAAACAUGCAAAAACAACAUCGAGGGCAGUAAUUAUUGAAAUCUGGAUUCUGAAUCACAAAUUAUUCUACCAUCAGGCAGCAAGUACGAAACAAUUAAAUUAUUUGGUUUUCCAUAUAGCGCUGGAAUCAAGUCAUUCGGCUCUUCCCACAACGCUUUCUUGCUGUCACUUUCCACUCUCAUAUCAACUAUUUAUCGAGGACAGCGAAAUCGAAAACACACUCUGCAAUCGGCAAAGUGAACAUCAUAAUGAAGUAAUAAAGCGAAGAGAGGAGUAUAACAUUUUAAAACAAAAACCCAAUAUCGAAAACAUGUACGCUUCACGAGAAAAUGAUCCGAAAUCCCUGGAUUCAGCGUUCGCGUGCAUGCCAAUCGACAUUAUUUCUGGAUAACGCAAAAAAAAACAAAUUGAUUUCAUUUCGAAUGCUCGAUGCUGUUUGCCAGCCCUGACAAGGACAACUGAUACCCGAGGAACGCACCCCCUCGUUCCCAUUAUUGUUUUCCAUUCUCAACCCAGUAAUCUUCGCAAACUUUUUAACACAAUACCGUUCAUUCCCGAAAUCAUGCACCGAAACGGCAAUAAUCCACGAAUUAUAAAACGAAAAACAAAACAAAUGAGGACAGCCAACGUUUAAAAAAGCUGGAUGCGAUUAUAUUUUUUUUUACAUCUGUUUACUCAGAAUUUUCCAGCCGAUAUUCAGAUGAACGAUAGCGAGAGAAGGGCAAACAACAGCAACAAUGCACGUGUGUACAUAAGCGGAAAACAAUUAUUCUGCCACCUGUUUCGUCCUUGUCCAAUGCACUACUCAUGGAUGAAGAUCAUAGCCGAAACACAGAUGUGAAAAAUUUGGAACAAGAAAACACACAGAACAACAAAUUACCAUUUAUGGCUUUAGGAACAAAAAUAAAAGACAAAAGAUGAUUAUGUAGUAGAUAUUGGUUAAGUGGAACGAACAAGGCAUCACAGAAGUCAGAACAAAGAUAGUUUAAGAAAGAGAUCAUUGCUAUCUUAUUGAGCCUAAAAGUAUAAGUCGUAAAAAAAGGAUGAAGGAAAACAGAAAGUAUUGUAAAAUAUAUAUUAAAGAAGGUGAUUAAUACAAGAAAAUGUGGAAUAAAUAA